AUGUCUCGCUCCGUGAGCUUCAGCUCUCGCUCUGCCGCUGUCCCAGCACUCAGCCAAGUGAGGGUCAGCACUGUGUCCUCCACACGAGGCCUCGGGGGCGGCUCCGGCCUCAGCCGUGUCGGAGGCCCCAGCCUCUACGGCAUCGGCUCUGCCAACAAGAGGAUCUCCUACAGCUCCCGCUCCGGGUUCGGCUAUGGGGGGGCAGGAUUUGCUGGAGGGAUCACCCCUGGAGGGAUCCAAGAAGUUACCAUCAACCAGAGCCUCCUGACCCCCAUGAACCUGGAGUUUGACUCCAACAUCCAGCGGGUGAGGAAGGAGGAGAAGGAGCAGAUCAAGAGCCUCAACAACAAAUUUGCCUCCUUCAUCGACAAGGUGAGGUUCCUGGAGCAGCAGAACAAGAUGCUGGAGACCAAGUGGAGCCUUCUCCAGGACCAGAAAACCACCAGGAGCAACAUUGCUCCCAUGUUUGAGACAUACAUCAACAACCUGCGGAGACAACUGGACGGGCUGCUCAGCGACAAGGGGCGCUUGGAGGGGGAGCUGAAGAACAUGCAGGACCUCGUGGAGGACUUCAAGACCAAGUAUGAGGAUGAGAUUAACAGGCGAACGGCGGCAGAGAACGAGUUUGUGGUGCUCAAGAAGGAUGUGGAUGCUGCCUACAUGAACAAGGUGGAGCUGGAGGCCAAGGUGGAUGCUCUGACAGAUGAGAUCAACUUCCUGAGGGCCUUCUACGAAGCUGAGAUUAACGAGCUGCAGGCUCAGAUCUCGGACACCUCCGUGGUCCUUUCCAUGGACAACAACAGGAGUUUGGACCUGGACAGUAUCAUCGCCGAGGUCAAGGCGCAGUACGAGGACAUCGCCAACCGCAGCCGCGCUGAGGCCGAGUCCUGGUACCAGAGCAAGUACGAGGCUCUGCAGGUCACUGCUGGCAAACACGGCGAUGACCUGCGCAACACCAAGAACGAGAUCACCGAGAUCAACAGGGUCAUCCAGAGGCUCCAGGGGGAGAUCGAGAAUGCCAAGGCCCAGCGUGCCAAGCUGGAGGCAGCCAUCGCUGAGGCUGAGGAACGUGGUGAGUUGGCCCUCAAGGAUGCCAAGGCCAAGCUGGAGGAGCUGGAGGCAGCUCUGCAGAAGGCCAAGCAGGACAUGGCCAGGCAGCUCCGAGAGUACCAGGAACUGAUGAAUGUCAAACUGGCCCUGGACAUCGAGAUUGCCACCUACAGGAAGCUGCUGGAGGGCGAGGAGAGCAGGUUGGCUGGAGAUGGAGUUGGCAACGUCAACAUCUCCGUGGUCAGCUCCAGCAGCGGAGGAAGCUAUUCCAGCUCCAGUGGCCUCCUGGGAGGAGGAAUUGGAGGAAGCCUUAGCCUUGGACCAGGCAUGGGCAGUGGAGCCCUUGGCCUCUCCUCAGGUGGGAGCACCAAGUCCUACACCAUCACCACCACCUCCUCCAGCCGCAGGAGCAUCACGAAGUAA